GCAGCAUGAGAGAAUGACUCAGACGUUGUCAUGUGUCAUCUUGCUGAUGUCUUUCUUUCCUUUACAAACCAGUUCCACUUAUUUUUCUAUCUGAAAAAUGUUUUCAGUCUGAUCGGAUGCCUCAGGAAGAGAUGUGUUCUUUUUGCAUCUGCAAACAAGGAUAUAUGGAUGAUUCAGAUUAGCUAAAUGAAUAAAUAUCAUAUUUAUGAGUAGGUGGAGGUUUGAUAGGCAGGAGUGAGACGAUGGAACAACCCAGCUUCCUCUCCUUUGCCCCUCUUGUCGUUCUUCUCUGUCUGUGUUUGCACAGCAGGGUUGCAGCCAUGCAUGCAGACUCUGUCCUUUUAGCAUGUUCGCUUGUCAUGGUCUUGAGGAGGGAGGUCGAGGCUGUCUCACUUGUGCCCUCAGUCCCCGACCGCGUCAAAGCUCUAGUGGACUCCUGCGUGGUGAUUCCUUGCUCCUUCACACCUGCAGCUCCUGAUCCUCUCCAGGGACCGAAGAAGAGGGUGGAUGUGCGACUAAGGUUCAGAGACGGCAGUCAUCUGUUCCCUCUGCGGAGCACUGCUUUUAACAGCGAAAGCAGAGAUCAAGUGAGCAGAAAUUUCCAAGGCCGGACGUCCCUCUUUGGUCGGAUUUCAGAUGGAGACUGUUCAGUGCAGAUAGAGGGAGUCAGGGCAGGUGAUCCAAAGGUGUUUGAAGUUGCUCUGAAGAAAGAGGAUGUCUUACUCUGGGGAAAGCCACGGAGUAUUAAUCUAGACAUCAUCGAAACCCUCGAACCUCCCGUCAUCAGCGGUGCUCUGUCAGCCACAGAUGGACAGUUGGUCACCCUGAACUGCUCCAUAAGCUAUUACUGCCCCUCCAGACCUCCCACCAUGCAGUGGAAGUGGGAGGGAAGAGCCCAGUUGAACAUCACGGAGCUUGAGGAAGUGAAAGUAAUCACCCCUGACGCCCAAAGAUGGAUGUUACUGUCCUCUCUGUCCUUCACCGUGUCACACCUGGUGAAACCCAGAAUCAGGUGCGAAGUCAAACAUCCCGGAGCCAAAGUGUUAUCGACUACAAAGGAGAUGCAUGUGACAUUUCCACCAAAAGAUGUGAAGGUUCAGAUUGAGUCAUUGACUGUGCAGCAGGGGGGCACUGCCUUGCUUUUGUGCUCUUGCAAGGCCGACCCUCCCGUGUCAGACUAUCGCUGGUCCUACACUCAGCACGGCCGCACUGUCCACCUCAACUGUCGGACGCAUUUCCUGCGAGUUUAUAACGUGACCAGAGACAUGAGGGUUCGCUGCUCUGCUCAGAACGCCAUCGGUCGAGGAGAAUCCCAGCCCACGGCGCUAAACGUACAAUAUAAGCCUACCAUCGUCCAGCUAUCCUCUUCUUGUGUUGUGGCGGCUUCUGAGGUUCUUUGCCGGUGUUCCGUCGACUCAAACCCUAAAUCAGCUGUCACCUGGAGCGUCAACGAGACAGCUCCACGUCAGGAUUACAACAUGUCCACAACAUCUGAGUCCGGCAUGCUGACGGCGUCUCUGAGAGGCCGCAUGGACAAACCGUUGAGAGUGAUGUGUUUUGCAUUCAACGGCCUUGGAAAUGACUCCCUUGUUUUGCUGCAGGGAGACGAAGGUUCAGAAACGGCUGCUUUGAUUUGGAUCAUUUCACCUGCUGCUCUCGUCGGUCUGCUCAUUUUCCUCCUGGCCCUUCUCGGGUUCUGCUGCAGAAAAAAAGCUAACAAGCGGGUUCUAAGCAGAACAACAGCUGUGUACCCAAUGGGAUUGGGGAUUUAUCAGGAGAGCAUGCCUCUGUACAUUAACUGCACUGAAGUGACGCAUGUUUACACCAAUGGAAGCUACCAACUAGUGUACCAGAACUGCACACCACUUUUUGUCCACAAUGAGCAGCUCCGUCCAAUGGGUCGAAGAGGUGGGGAGAGAAAAAGAGGUAGAGAGGAUGGACGUGUUGAUAGACAAGGUGGUGUAGGGGUCAGAGCAACAAGGGAGGUGCAGGGUGCUGAUCCAGAGACAGGCAUCUACCUGGAGGUCCUCUGAACUGUUUCUUCUCAUAAAAUAAUGAUUAAAAAUGGUUCCGAACUCCGGAGGAUCAGUCAUUCAUGUUUUCCGCCACAUGUUGCUGCAGCAUUCACUGAUUCAGAUAUCUGGGAUCUUGUUGAGCUUAAGCACUCUUACAAUUUUUGUUACGUCAGUAAUUUUUCUUUUCAGCCCAAACGUUUUACUAGUCAGAUGAUCUUAAAGUUCAACUUCUGAUUAAACUUUAGGACAACCGGUGUUAUGAUACUUUGCACCAAUCCCACAGACUGGCUUUAACCCUUCUGAUGAUAAAGUGAAAUUUUUCGUUUUAUGGAUGUUUUUUGUUUGUUUGUUUUUGCCCGUGAUAAUUAAUUUGAGCAUUAAUAAAGUUAUUAUUGAAUAUAAAACAUUUUGAAAUAAAGAAUCACUGCUUUUAUGUUUGGGCAGGAAUGUAAAAA